AUGGACCAGAGCACUCAGGCAUCUCCAAAAAUCAUGUGGACAAAUUUUUGUGUUCAUCAAAUCAGACCUAGCACCUCGCUUGUUCAGCAUCUCAUGACGCUUCUCAUCAGCAAGCAUGAUCGCCUGUAUACUGAAAAAGACUCAGAAACAUCACAGAACCAGAUGGAGGUAAAGGACCAAAGCCAACAACAUCAGCAGUCCAAGCUGGUGGACUGGAUCUCUGAGGAGGAUCUACAGACCUGUAAGAAUGACAACCCUACCAGCAGCAGUGCCUCGUCUGUGGACGCCGCUAUCACCUCCAAGCCGGUGCCUCAGGGAAAGGGAGAGACAGCCGUCAGCCCUAGUAAGCAGGCCAAGGCGCUUCCAGGAUGGAAGUACACCUUCAAAGGCUCCUCUCCCAGGCCGCCGUCCGCAAAAGUCUGUAGCUCCGCGGUGGACGUGUCCACGGCCUCCAGCGGGAACUGGCUCAUGAACGGGCUGUCCUCGCUAAGGGGACACCGCCGCACCUCGUCCGGCGAACGCUCCAGGGAUUCGGGCUCCUCUCAGAGACUGUCUACCUACGACAACGUCACGUCUUCAUCGAGUCUGGGCAGCGUGCUGAGUAUGGACAGCACGCCGUGGUCCUCCUCAUCGUGUGAGAUCUUCGUCCCAGACUCUGGAAGAGACCCGUUAGGAACAGAAGAUGGGCCUCAGACGGAGGCGAGCGCUCAGGAGGAACGGAGCGAGGAGGAAGCAAAGCCCAGCGAACAAGAAGAGGACGUCGGCAGUGCUGUGGAGAACCGCGCGAGCGGAUUGUUUUGCAGUGACAAUGGGAACGUAGCACCGGUCAUUAGAGUCGUGGACGAAGACACAGAUGCAAACGGAGGCCCUUCAUCCCUGGCCAGCAUCGUGGAAGACCUGAAAGAAGAGCUGAGGAAGCAGAAACAGACUUACGAAUCUAGAAUUCAAAAGCUGGAAGAGUCGAGUUCAGUCCUGUGCGCGCAGAUGGAGAGACUCCAGCAAGAGAUGGAACAGGAGAGGAAAAAAAAACGAAUGCUGGAAGAGUCGAGUUCAGUCCUGUGCGCGCAGAUGGAGAGACUCCAGCAAGAGAUGGAACAGGAGAGAAAAAAAAAACGAAUGCUUGAGAUCAAACUGAGAAACUCUGAACGGGCCCGUGAGGACGCAGAAAACCGCAAUCGCCUCCUCGAGAAAGAAAUGGAAGACUUCUUCUCCACGCUGGGGGAUCUGGCUCUUGGAAGCCGGACCAGUGACAUUUAA